AUGGCUUAUUCAGAUACUUUUAUGUUACAUGAUGAUGAAAUAUUUCAAAUAUUUUCAAAAUGUCGUGAGCUUGGUGCUAUUGCUAUGGUACAUGCUGAAAAUGGUUUAGUAAUUAAAGAAUUAGAAAAAGAAAUAUUAAAACUAGGCAUAACAGGACCCGAAGGUCAUCUUCUUAGUCGUCCAGAAAAGCUUGAAGCUGAAGCUACAAAUCGAGCUAUUAUUAUUGCUGAACAAACUCGAUGUCCUCUUUAUGUUGUACAUGUAAUGAGUAAAACAGCAGCUGAUAAAGUACAAGAAGCACGAUUAAAAGGUCAAGUUGUAUUCGGUGAAUCUAAUGUAGCAAGUUUAGGUACUGAUGGAUCACAAUAUUUUAAUAAAUGUUGGCGUCAUGCAGCUGCUCAUGUUACGUCACCACCUCUUCGUACUGACCCAUCAACAGGACCUUAUCUUGUAGAUCUUUUAGCUAAUGGUUCAUUAUCAACAACUGCUACUGAUCAUUGUACGUUUAAUGCCAAUCAAAAAGCUUUAGGCAAAGAUGAUUUUCGAAAAAUUCCAAAUGGUAUUAAUGGUAUUGAAGAUCGUUUAUCAGUUAUUUGGACUAAAGGUGUUGAAACAGGCCAACUUGAUAUAAAUCAAUUUGUUGCUGUAACAAGUUCUAAUGCUGCACGUAUUUUUAAUAUGUAUCCAAAAAAAGGUCGUAUCGCAGUUGGUUCCGAUGGUGAUUGUUUAAUAUGGGAUCCACAAGCAACAAAAACAAUAUCUAUUUCGACACAUCAUCAAGCAUGUGAUUUUAAUAUAUUCGAAGGUUUUCAAUGUCGUGGUUUACCUAUAAUAACAAUUGUUGCUGGUAAAAUUGUUUAUGAAAAUGGACAAUUAAAUGCUAUACAAGGUUCAGGCAAAUAUAUUGAAACAACAUGUUUUACUGAUUAUGUUUAUCAAAAAUUAAAUAAACGGGAACAACUUCGUGAACAACUUUUCAAACAACAAAAAAUUGAACGUGAACCAUAUACAGGUGAAGUAAUUGAUGUAAACAAAUCAGUUGCAAAUGGUGAUUCGAAAACAAGUCCAAAACAUCAAAUAAUUCAUAGUAAUCAUGAAUUACCAGCUGCUGGCUUUCAUAAUCGUCCAGCAACACGUGCUGGAGCAAGAAAUCUAUUUGAUUCAAGUUUUAUGUUGUCAGGUGAACAAUGGGAUGAUGGAAAUCUUCGAAAAACAACACGUGUUCAACAACCACCUGGCGGACAAUCAAAAGGAUUAUGGUGA